AUGGUUUUCAUGUGCAAAGCAUUUUCUUGUGAUUCACAAGGUAGUUGUCCCCUAGCCAAUCUCCAGAAGCGCCUGGUCCAUCGUCAUCAACUGCCUCGACGACGUAGGCCCGCUCAAGUGGCUGACGCCCGCUGCCCCUGGGGCGACACGACACCGGAUGGAAAUAAUUCAUACACUGACUGUCCCGGCACGGGCAUCACCAGAACAUACGACUGGAACAUCACACGAGGGACGAUUGGACCUGAUGGAUACGCGAAGAACGUGAUUUUGAUCAACGGCGAAUUCCCCGGGCUCCUUGUGACCAAUCUGAUCGACGAAGUCGAUGAAGGAACAGCCAUUCACUGGCACGGCUUCACUCAGAAUGGCACGCCUUGGGUGGAUGGUGUUCCGGGUGUCUCGCACCAUUACUCUGCGCAAUACUCUGGUGGUCUCUUCGGUCCUAUUGUUGUCCACGGUGCCAACAAUGAAGACUUUGACGUUGAUAUUGGUCCCAUUUUGGUCAACAGUGAUGGAGGAGAUCAUGGCUCCUGUGGUUUCACUGGUCGCAUCUUUUCGAACAACUUGAUCAACGGAAAGAUGAAUCUCAACUGCUCGACGGUAGAGGGUGAUGAGACGCCUUGCACCGACAAUACCGGUUUGGCCAAGUUUCAGUUCCAGUCCGGCAAGAAGCACCUGCUGCGAUUGAACAAUUCGGGGUCCGGGGGUGUUGAGCGUACAUCAAUUGAUGGGCACAAUAUGACCAUUAUCGCCAACGACUUCCGUGUCGAUGUCGUCGUCACGGCGGAUGCCGGCAAGCCCAACGACGCCUUCUGGCUUCGCACUAACCUGACGUCGUGCUCCAGUACCAUCCAGCCCUUUGCGCGGGCCACAGUCUUCUACGAGAAUGCUGAUGAAAACUCCAUUCCCACCAGCACUGCCUGGAAUGCACCAGACCCUGGAACCUGCGCCAAUGGCGACCUCAGCCUCACCGCCAACGAUGGCAAUUUCACUUGGGAUGACAUUAUGAACGUUCACAGUUUUGGUGGCAACUCUUCGGUCCGCAUUAUUGUCAGCAACCCCACCCUUGCUCCUCACCCUAUACACGCCCUUGGUGUCAACAUGUACAUCCUCUCUCAGGGUUCUGGCGAUUACGAUGGCACUACCAUCGUCAAUCCAGAGAAUUCCAAGCGCCGUGACGUGCAGAUGGUGAUCCCCAAAGGCCACAUCGUCGUUCAGAUGGAAACGGUGAACACAGGCGUGUGGCCCUUUCACUGCCACGUGGCCUGGCACGCCUCGGUUCGCUUCUUCAGCCAGAUGGUCUUCAACCCCGACGAGAUCGACAGCUUCGACAUCCCUAACUCGGUCCAACGCUCUGCACUGACUGGAACGCCUUUACCAACCGCGUCACUCCCAAUCAGAUCGACUCGGGUCUGUAGACGAACGACCGACUUGUAG